AUGAGGAACGAUCCGAUGGGAGAAGGGAAUGUCCCCAUGGCUGGAAAGCUCGGGUGCAUGUUCGUGUCUCUUGUUGGCCUGGCUCUCAUCUCCAUCUGUACCCUCAGGCGAGUCCAAGGCAUCAAGAUCACCACCAACUUGCCUCCGUGUUUCUACAUGAUUUACAGCAGCUCCUUUGUAUUCAUUUUCACAGCAACAAUCUACAGAGAUGCUGGAAUUCAUGGCUCGGAGGGCCGGUGCGCCGGCUCCAUGUUGAUAUGCCUUACUUUCUACACGCUCUCGAAGGUCUGCAUCUAUAUCUUCCUCGUGGAGCGGGUCUAUAUUGUCCGGGGUACGACUACGCCUCGGAACAAAGACCCCUUGUACCUGUUCAACACGAUUGGCAUGUUGCUACCGUGCGCUGCCAUCUACGGCUUCAACGUUGCCAAGAAAUUCUCUUACAUCAAUGAUGAAGGGACCUGCAUUGUCGGCAUCAAAAAGGAGGCACUCAUCCCUAUGAUGUCAUUCGACGUCGCGUUGAACGCCUAUUUGACCGUCAUGUUCCUCAUCCGACUCCGCCGACUCUACUACUCCAGCGAAGACGAAUCCAAAACGCUCCGAAACCUCGGCCUCCGCACAGUCAUUGGUUCCAUCCUGACCCUGAUAGUAACGGUCAUCAAUAUAUCUUUCCUCCUGGCUUUGGAUGGCGAGCCGAAUUGGAUCUGCUUCUUGUCUUGCAAUUUAGACGUCCUCUUCGCCGUCUGCGUGAUCCACUGGGUCACGAAACUGGACGGCAAAAUGACCAAGCUGAGCCCAUAUCAGAGGCGCAUGAGCAUCGACCCGUUGACGCUGAAGAAGCGGCGGCCGUGGUUCAAAGUGCCGUACGACAACCCACACCGCACGUGGCCGAGCAACAACAACAGCCUCAACGACGACAAGAGCAGCAAAAACAGCAGCAAGAGCACCGAAGUCGUCGUCACCACCGCAAAGCAAGACCAACUCUUCCCCGAGCCUCCCCGAUUCAGCCCCGCGAAGAUAAUCUGGAAGAAUGCGGAUGGUGGCGAGCAGCAGCAGACGAGGCGGAACUCGAUCGAACUGGAUCCGAUAACACCGUCGCCGCCGAUGGCCCCGCCGGCGCCGGUCGCGGACGUGGAUCUGGAGGCGCAGAAGUGCUGCCGAGGGGACGGAGGAGGAGGAGUAGACGUGGUUAGCCUGAAGGGCAUGUUGGAAGAUUCGAAGAUUUCUCCUUGA